AUCAAAAAUGAAAAAGAAAAACAAUGGUAGUUUAUUUAGGUGGUCCCUUUUGAAAGGUAAAAGCACCUUGUUUAUGUGUCGAAAGUUAAUAUAUAUACUAAAAAAAAAACCAUUAUUUUGUUGAUCAAUCACUAUUAUUAGCUUGGUUGGGCUACAUCUCUGGUUAAGAUUUCCAACACAACUCAAAUCAAGCCAAGCCGUUACAUCAUGAAUUUAUGUACCUUCCACUUUUAACCGUUAACCCUUAAAAGGCCAGCUCCAUUCUGAUCCCAUUUUUGUGGUGCCCUUAACAUGGCGAAGGCAGUGGUCUAUGCCCUUGUGGCCGCUGCCUUCGUCCUCCUCAUCACCUUAGGCCCCUCCGACCACCACCUCAGCAGCCGUGGCCAUCUCGGCCGCCUGAACCGCCGAUUCGGGAACAGAUCCCAGGCCUUGGUAUUUGACCCUCUUGUUGCGAAAAUGGAAAGGUACUCAGAGGGAAAAGGAUCAUCAAAUAAUGUUGUUGCCGAUGAGGAUGAGGAUGGUGAUGAUGUGAACCAAUACAUAAACGAAGAAGGAACGUUGAACAUCACGUUGAGGCUACUCGUAGUGUUCCCUAUGUUAGACAAAGCACCAGAAGAUGGGUUCGUCAGUUCUUUAGAGCUGAAUUCUUGGAUUAGAGAUAUGGCCGUGGAGAGACUGAAUCACAGGACUAGGAAGGAAAUGAUAUCACAUGAUGAGAAUGGAGAUGGGGCCAUUUCUUUCCUUGAGUACCUGCCUCAAUUUUCAGAUGAAGAUAUAGAGAAAAAUGGCAUGGGCCAUGGAGAAGCUGGAUGGUGGAAACAACAGUUCAUCAAUGCUGACAUUGAUCACAAUGGAACCCUUUCAUUUAAUGAAUUCAAAGAUUUGUUGCAUCCAGAAGAUAGUGACAAUGAAGAAAUUCAAAAAUGGCUGUUGGCAGAAAAACUAGAGAGAAUGGACUCUAACAAAGAUGGCAAACUAAAUUUCGUGGAAUUUUGUGACUAUGCUUAUGAAAUCUACAAGAAUUACAUGGAGUAUGAAACUUCUUGGCUUCAAGUAUCCUCAGCUGAAGAGAAGUUUGCAGAGCUAGACGUGAACAAAGACAAGCUUUUGGCAGUUGAAGAACUGAUUCCCAUAUUCAAUUGCCUUCAUCCUGGAGAACUCUCCUAUGCUAAAUAUUAUGCCGAUUACUUAAUGAAGGAGGCUGAUGAUAACAAGGAUGGAAAGUUGACACUUGAUGAGAUGUUGAACCACGAGUAUAUAUUUUACAGCACAGUUUAUGAUGAUACUUAUGAAGAUUUUGAGGAUGAUUUUCAUGAUGAACUAUAAAUUCUUAUUAUUAAUUAAUGGGUAAUUUU